AUUGUUGGAUUAAGUACAAAUAUAGAAUUCUUGAAAAGAAUAGUUUCGCAUCCUGCUUUCAUACAAGGAGAUGUUGAAACUGGAUUUAUUGCGAAACAUGAAAAAGAAUUAUUUGCACCUAACCCAGAAGUAUCAUCUUAUGUUAUUGCUCAAGCUGCUUUGUCAUUAAUCUUGAAGGAGCAUCAAGAAUUAAAGAACGCUGCUAUCAGAUCAUUUGAUCCAUAUUCGCCUUGGGCAUCAUAUUUCGGCUAUCGUCUUAAUGCACAUUAUGAACGAAAUAUUUUAUUCCAUGGCCAAAAUGAUCAUGUUACUGGUCAUUGGGAUGAAGUAGAAAAGCAGAUUAUAGCAGAUAUUGGUGGUAUACGGUUUAAAAGUCAUAUCAUAAUAGAAAAAAAUAAUAGAUUAAUUAUCUUCGAUCAGGAUGGAAAAGUAGUUUUACAUAUCCCAGAACCUUUAUAUCUUAGUUCAGGUGUUUUAGAUAUGGCACAUUCUAUUAAAACACCAAUGCCGUGCAAAAUUUCUCAGGUACUUGUUCAACCUGGACAAACAGUUGAAAAGGGAAUGCCUUUAUUGGUGUUAGAAGCAAUGAAAAUGGAGCAUGUAGUAAAGUCUCCAUUUACUGGCAAGAUUGAAAAAGUUUAUUAUAAUGUUGGUGAUUUAGUUGAAGAAAAUAAAGAACUGGUUGCUUUUGCUGAAGAAUGA